AUGAAAAAGCAGAACCUAAAGAAAAUACCAGGUGCAUCGGGUGUAGCGCUGAUUUUCUUUAUUAUGGCGUGCAGAGGAAGUGAAAAUCCAUUUAACGGAAACUUAAAUGGUAGUGUGCAUCCCUACAUAGGCCUAAAUAUUGCGGCAAAUGCAAUACCAGGUGCAUACUCUUCUUUCAUUUUGCCUCCCUACAACCCCCUUUUGAAUGCGCUAUAUUUGAAUAAUGGACUAAACAGUGUAGCUGGGCAGUACUUAGCAGGCCCUGGCAUAUAUGGAGCUAUCUCCAAUCCAAUAUACAACAUCCCUGGGAGCUCAAUAGGUCAAAAUAUGCCGUUAUACAAUGUCUCUGGAAUAAAUCUUUCCUCAGUCAUACAAGCUCCUACAGACAGUUUAGCCUAUGCUGGAUACAGUGGACAAGGCUUUAACCCAGCCAAUCCGGUAGGACAACAGCAUAUCCAGCCAAAUCCAUUUAUACCAGGGUCUAGUCUGCUUGGCUACCCCUUUAAUCCAGUACAUAGCAUGGCUGGGACAUCGAGGGAAGUGGGUAGAGUGGAUAAUGCAGCCAUCUCUUCUGCUGCUCUGCACGCACACAGUAUCUCUCAAAAUGAUUCUGCAUCUUUAGAGAAACAGCAGAGAACAGAAGAAUAUUCUAGCCCAGGAGAGAAUGUGUCUAGAGAAAAAAGGAGCAGUAUCAUAAUGACUGUAGGGAAAAAAAGAAAAAUAUACGAGACGGAUAGUCCCAUAGACACAUGCGAUUCUUGGUCUGCACUAAAUAGUAAAAAGGAAAAAAAAAGAUUGGAAGAUGUGCCCGGUAAAACUGUUUCUAGCGCACAACAAGAUGAAAGAAAAAAGAAAAACAAAGAAAAACCAGCUAUAAAAUACAUAACACCAGAGCUUGAAAAAGAGAAAAAAGAGGAUGCAAACAGAAGAAGAAAUCAAGUAUGGAGCGAUAGAAGGUUGACGAAUAAGAGGAGAAAAGGCUAUAGGACAAAACACCAAACAGUAUAUAAGCUUGGCCCAUAUACCAGGCCGUAUACUCAAAACGCAGGAGAAGACUCUUACCAAGAAAAGAACAAGAAAGCUAUAGAAAGCUUCUCCAAAGACAUCGCACCAGAACUAGAGCAGAAUGCUCUGUGGUACUUCAUUGCGAAUACAAGUACGAAUAUAAGCACAAAGUACCAGGCUAUUUUGCAGCUGCAGGAGAUGUUUGAUGACGAAAGGGCAGAGAAGUAUAAGAAAAUAAUGAUGGGCUUUAAAGGAUACUACCCGGGCGUGUUUGAAGAUAUAAUCGAUUACAUAGACAUCCACCAGCCGAUAAGAAUCAACAGAGACACUCCCCCAACUGUGUGGAAGGAGACAUUGGGGGAUAUUUAUGUACGGGAGGCUCUGCAGAUAAACCAUAGUAUGAUGAAAGACCAAGAAAAAAUUGAAAAACUAGACGAAAAAUAUCAUCCAGUGGCAUACGCUGUGUACAUGAUUCUAACACUGCCUGAAGUGUACCAAGACUUCUCCAGCAUCACUGAAAAUUUCAUAAGAGAGACCCAAACCUCUAAAAAUCUCUCCAGAAACAAGAAAGACCAACAAGUUCUAGUAUCCAUACACAAGCUAGCGGAGAUGAUUGCUAAAAAAAUAGAUGAAACUGAAGUAGACGAUAGUGAUGGCGUGUAUAAAGAGAUCUAUAGCGCCCUUGAAGAGAUAUGUGCAGAGAAAGGGCUACUGAAGCCAACAAUAGUUGAUCUGUAUAGAGAAGUAUACACAAUUAUUGGAAGGUUCUAUGAGAGCGCAGAAGCGGCUAACAAUGAAGAUAUGUAUGUUCUGGUGGGAAAGUGCAUGAUAACAAACCACAAGUACAUGAAGUGCGAGAUAACAGCAGACAUAGCACCGAAAGAUAUAAAAGAAAAAGUCUUAGAUUUGAACUAUUCGUUGGAAGUGAACAGAUGGAGUGUCUUACCUGAUAUAAAGAAACACUAUCACAUACACUAUGUAGACAACACAGCUGGCAAGGCCAGGAUGCUGUGUAUGCCUAUGCAUGUGGAUAAAGGCGGAAAUGAACACUAUUUGCACACAAUUAGCGACAUAGUAGAGUAUAUAAAAAAGUUGUAUGACAUAGAGAACAAUUUAGACAUUAUACACCCGUUUAAAGUGAAUAGGCUGAGCACAAAGUGGACAUACAUUAGGAAAAAAGACAGAACACAGACAGUGAAAGACCUAAAAGGGUACGAAGUGGUGUUCUAUCGCAUAGAUGAAAAUCUAGGAACAGCAAAGUUUACCUUUGCAGAGUUCAGGUCUUCAUACUCUGACAAUGAAUAUACUAUUUGCAUACCUCUGUUCCUUACGCCUCUAAUGCGAUCUGCCAUGGAGCUAGGCCCUUUUUCCAUGCUAGGAGAGCAUAAAGAGAUAGACUCGAUACUGCUAGAGGAUAGACUUCCUGAUGCGUACAAAUACAACAAAAAGUACAAUAUAAAGAAGUACUCGGACGUGCAAAACUACUACAGUAAUCUAUGCAUACUCGUGGAGAAAAUAAAAAGCGUAGAGUGCUAUUCGAUGGACUGCAAGGUGGCUGACAAUGGAGGCAAUAUAGUUGAGGCUGUGUGGUAUGUGAGAAAAAUAAGCAGCGUGAACGAGUACACGUGUUGCAUAUUGGACAAAAGCUUCAAAGAAAAAAGACACUUGAAAAGCUUUAACGAUUUUAUAAAAACAGUAGAAUCAAGAGAGCACAACCAAGGCUGCGAGCUCGAGGGGCUCUGGAUAAGUAAUAAUAGUGAAGACAGCGAGCCCACAGACUCAAUGCAGAAGAUAUACAAUUGGAUGGUGAAAACCAGCAAUUACAGUAAGUAUUUAACUCUGUACAGUAUAAAAGAGAUCGAGCUAAAAUUAAAGAAGGAAAGACAGUUUUUUGAGAAAAAAGAGCGGGAGCAGCAUAGAUUAGGAAGCAAGGAUGAGAAUACAUCAAGCUUAAGAGAGAGGAAUAAAAUAUCUGCUGCAAAAUAUAAAACAAAAAUCAAAAUAGAAAAGCUGUGUAAAGUGCUGUCUAUAAAACUAUCUAAAAAGCCAAACACACAAACAGAUUUUAUGGUGUUUCGAAAUAGAAACGGCAGCAAGUCCAAUUUGGGAGCACACAAUGAAAUUCUUGACUUUCUGAUUUCGUGCUACAACUACACCACUCUAAAGCCAAAAUAA